AUGGGUAUAAAGUCUGUGUUGUGUGCCAAGAAAGAAAUGAAGGCUAAUAAAAAUGUGUUUUAUGAUGUCUUUACGAAUAAACCACACCAUGUCUCUACUAUGUGCCCUUUGCAUGUACAAGGUUGUGAGCUUCUUGAGGGUGACUUUGGAAGCAUUGGAUCCAAAAUUUGUUGGACGUAUAUUCUUGAUGGAGAAAAGAAGAUCUCCAAGCAAGUAAUUGAAACUAUAGAUCAUGAAAACAAGGUGCUCACACUUAAAGAAUUUGAAGGUGAUCUAGUUGAUAAAUAUGAUAAUUGGAAGAUAACUCUUCAUAUCGAAACAAAAGGCGAAAUUGAUUUGGUAUGUUGGACAAUGGAGUAUGAAAGACCAAAUGAGAAUGUCCCUGAGCUUAUAAAUUUGUUGGACUUUAUUGUUGGUAUGUCCAAAGCUAUUGAUGAUCAUCAUGUCAAGAUGAAUUGA